CCGUUGGACUGCACGUACCAGUUGUACGGUGUACUAUUUAGCACUGCGCGUCUGCGCCGAGCGGCAGCCGUUUUAAUUUUCAUUGUUAUCUCCACGAAGUCGAUGUACCCGGUACCGUCGUAGUGUCCCAACCGCUGUCUACUGUCCGCAGUCGUAGCCGCUUUAUUUUAUAGGCCUGUCGCCCGUAUUUGUUUGUACCGCGUUUUGUUAUCGCUGUUCGGCCGUUACUCUACGCCGCCGCCUUACCCCACCAUCCUCCCAACGUUUACCUGCUCUCCCGCCCGCCCGUUCGACAACACUCAUUCGUUCUACGGUUCCCGCGCUAACCGAUACGGUUCGUGUUGUCGGUACGGCCACAGAGAUCGAGUGUUCCUGGUGCGAAUCCGUCCGUCUGCUGCCAAAUUUUUACCUGAUACGUUGACCGCCAGUUGAUCCAGAUUUUUUAUUCUCGGCCUCUACAAUGCAUAAAGGAGUGGCUGAUAAUGAGUAUGAAAUAGAAUCAAUUUUAUUUGAUGAUACAUAUGGGAGCAAAACUAUGUAUCUCGUAAAAUGGAAAAAUUAUCCUAUGGACCAAUGCACAUGGGAACCGUAUCGAAAUUUAACCAACUGUUCUCAAGCAUUAAAUGAUUACAGAGCAAAUAAGAUAGUUGCUACUGAAAUCUACCAGACUCCACGUUAUAAAGAACUGUACGAUUCGCUUAAUAUUUUUGCCGAUCAAGAGCUCAUUGAAUUAUUGCACCAUGUGAUCCAGGAUGGCAUGCCGUCUAUAGAUGACAAGUUUGUUAAGGGUACUAUUGCUUAUUUAUCGACAGUAUCUCCAAGUAGUAGAAGCACAGCAUUAACGAAACUCAUCAGACAUAAUUUAAUGAUAAUUGAAGUUGAUAGAAAAAGGCAAAAACAAAUAGAAAAAUUAACUAAAUGGCAAAGUGAUAUGGCUGCAGUCUGUGGAUUUAGUAUAAGUGUACUAAACAAUGUAGACUUCGAAGGCCCGCCAAAACGAUUUUUCUAUGUUGAUGAAUGCGUUGCAGGCAAUGGCGUUGUCAUUCCAAAUGACCCUCCAGUUUGGUGCCACUGUGAUGUUACCUGUGGAGGAAGAAAACGUAAAAAAACCGAAUGUCAUUUUGGUGAUUUUCAACUCGCAUAUAAUAAAUUCAAGCGUGUUAUAGUUCCUCAAGGCACUCCUAUUUAUGAGUGUAAUAAAAAAUGCACUUGCGAUGCAACAUGUGUGAAUCGAGUGGUACAACAUGGUCCUAGCAAAAAUUUAAAACUUCAAAUAUUUCGUACUGAUAACAAUCGCGGUUGGGGAGUCAAAACAUUGGUAAAUAUAAAACAGGGUACUUAUAUUACUAAAUAUACUGGUGAAGUAAUCACCAGAUCAGAAGCUGAUCAACGAGCUGUCACACAUGGAUCAAAGUCAACAUACCUGUUUGAUCUUGACUAUAAUACUGAUAAAAAUGAUAGUGUUUAUUCUAUUGAUGCUACUACAUUUGGUAAUGUAUCACAUUUUAUAAAUCAUUCAUGUGAUUCUAAUCUGGCCAUUUUUGCUGUAUGGAUUGAUUGUUUGGAUACUAAUUUACCAACUCUGGCAUUAUUCGCAUCUAGAGAUAUAAGUGCAGGUGAAGAGAUUACAUUCAAUUAUAUGACAUCUGUCAACAAUGAAAACCAAAAUCGGCGAAUUAAAUGUAAAUGUCUAUCUGAUAAUUGCCGUGGUUACCUGUGUUAGUAUAAAUAAUUUUAUUUUCAUACUAUCCAUCACAAAUGUAUAAUUUUUAUUGACUAUUUAAUACUAUUUAUUUAUUCUCAGAUAGCAUUGCUCAUUAUGAAAAAGUAUGAUAUAAAAUUAAUUUUGUAUAGUGUUUGGCUUGACAAAAAAGGGUGAUUUAGAUGUAUAUAAUAUAAAUUUUACUGAUUUAAAAGUAAAGACAAAACGUGUCUUAAUAGUACAUUUGUAAAUUUUUUUCAGUCUUAAAAUAAAUUAGUUUAUUUUAUUGGCAUUUAAAAUAAUUAGAUUAUUAUCUCAAGGUUAACUUUUUGUCACUAGUAGAUAUUAAUAAUAAUAUAUUAAUUUUAAGUACUGAAUUCAAUAAGACAGUUGAUAAGAUUUUCUAUAGUGGUACCUUAGUAUCUAAUAUAGGUGACUUAAUAUUCUACAAUAUUAAUAUACUGUAUAAUAAAUUAGACUUAAUAAUUAAAUAUUUAUAUGUAGGUUGGCACAUUCAGCUAACCAACCACACAAGUACACAAAUUAUUAAAAGUAUUAAAUGUAUUGUUGCUUUUAUUUUUAAUAAAGUUGUUUUUUUUU